AGCGCCAACACGCGUGCCUUCCCAAGGCGGCCCAAGCUCGAGCUGCUGCAGGGCUGGCGGACAUCCGACGCCAAAAUUUGGCCGCGAGCACAAGGGCACAUUCACGGUCACGCAUCAACCCGAUUGACGCAUGCAGGCCGACCUGCAUCGAUAACCGCCAUCCCCGCAAAGCAUCUGCCCUCACUUGUCGGCCUAGAACCUCACGAUCGCCGCGUUGCUCUCGAAAUAGCCCCUAGAGGGCAGAACUUUCCCUUCGCAUCCACACCCGCGCCGCCCUCAUAAUGUCUCUCGUCAACCUGGCACACGUGUGCUCACACCUGCAGAAUGCCUCGAAAGCACGGUUGGGCCUCACGUCAAUACCAGUAUCGAAGCUGCACGUCAACCUGAUGAUGGGCCUGCAGCGCGAAGGCUUCCUCUCGAGCGUAACCCUCGGCGGCACCGCACCUCCAAAGCCCUUCCUCCUUCAGACAACCACCGACCCAGAACAGCACGAAAAGCUCGCCCAAAAGCUUUCCUCCGAACCCUGGAACGCAUACCCGGUACCCUCUGCGGAGGAUGGCACACCAUUAGCAAAAGACCCUUUAGGAAACGAACAACUGUACCAAGUGUCCGUCCCUGAGAACCCCGCCCGCCGGCGCCUGUGGCUCGGCCUCAAAUACUGGAACAGCGAGCCUGUGCUCAAGAACAUGAAGCUGGUCAGCAAGCCGACAAGGCGAAUAUGGCUGACGAGCGAGGAUCUGGGCAGGAUAACGCGGACGAGGGAGGCGAGUUAUGUGAAAGGGUUGACGCGUCCGGGAGAAUGCAUGUUUGUCACCACGGAUCGGGGCAUUCUGGAGGCGAGGGAGUGUGUGGAGCGCAAGUUGGGUGGGAUGGUGCUGUGUCGGGUAUGGUAGGGUGGUGAUGGAACAUUGAAAGAAGGGUGCGACAAUUAGAAGAGAGGGAUGAGAACGUGCUGCUUGCUUAAACUGGUAUGUUUUGAGAAGGAGACAGCAAUGGGCGCACCAUAGCAUUAAAAGACGGUCGGGUGCGCACGUCGAAAAGCAUAGCGCCACUACGCACCAAUUACUAUGUAAAAAGUAUGUAUAGAUAUACACUUCUUUCCAAG